UACCAGACUUUAAAAUAUCGCGAUAUAUUCAGACAAAAUAUCGAUAUAUUGUUAUAUUUUUCCCAUCCCUAUAAACAGCUGACUGUGAAUCCUAAAAAAAAGAUGAGCCUAAAUAGACGCAAACUAUCCGUUUCGUGGUCGCAGUAUUACGAGGAGAUGCUUUUGGAUAUGUGGGAAAGGAGCAUACGGAACUUGGAGCCGUAUACCGGCUUGACAAAAACUCAAAUUAGGAGGAUGAUGGCCAAACAGCUGGACGAUGCUGGAUUUAUUGGAAUCGAGGCGAAAGAGGUGCGCAACAAGCAGGAAAACUUAACCAAGAAGUACAGAGUGGAAGCAAAAAAACUGGAGUCGCAUUGGAUUCACUUUGAGAGACUCCACGAGAUGUUCAGGCACUGCAGACCUGCAAACCCGGUGGACAGUUUUGAUAAGUUUGACGAAGCUUACGAAGAAACUGAAUACUUGACCGAAUAUCUGGAGGCCAAUGCCGAAGAUUUAGAAGGGAAACGUGACGACCAGUCUCCCGAGCCAACCCCGAAAAAAGUAAAAAGACCUGUUGCCCAGGAAAAAACUACGGGGUAUCGUGACGACGACCAGUCUUCCAAGCCACCCCCGAAAAAAGCGAAAAAAUCUGUUCCCUUCGAGGUGGGAAUGCUGGCGGCCGCUAGAGAACGCAACAGGGAGCUGCGAAAGUUUAGGGAGCAAUUAAUAUAUCUGGGCGAACGGCGUCUGACCGUUUUGGAGCGUUUGGAAAAAACUAUGAACCGCAUGGAAGCAGAAAAUUCCCGAUUCCACCAACAAAUGUUGGAAAAGAAAUCAUAACAAUGUGAUUUUUCCCUUAAAGAUCACUUUAGGUUAUAAUUUAUAGUUUACUAUAGGUUAAGUGUGAUUCUUAUAUUCCAAAGUUCUGUUUAAAAGGCGCUUUUAUACGUUCUUGUAAAUCUUUUUUAAGAAUCAAACAAAGCUUGGUACUUUUGCUCCUUUUGUUGUAGAAAUUCGGUUGCUGUGGAAGCAAUUUUGACUCUUUAUCGUAAACAUUACAUCCUUAUUUAGCUUAAACUUGAUGUAUUUUCAUAUCUAAUCCUCAUUGCGCCAACUAUUUUUGAAAUAUCUAAGCAAAUACACAACUUCUUCUUCUAAAAAGCA